AUGCCUCGCACCCAGAGCCAGAAGCAUGGUCCGAAAGACCGCUCAGCGCAGAAACCAGCGCAGAAGCGGAAAAGCACUCGGUCGCUGAAUGCACUGGCAAUUGCAGAGAAGCAGAUUCCGACUAGAUUGGGUGUCAGACGCAGUCGUUUAGGAGCCUACGAUGAUGGCUCCAGCCGCAAGAGAAACACCGGCGGCGAUGAUGACGAGAACGACGAUGAGGAAACUCCCCACUACAAACGCCGCAGAACCGAGGAUACCGGAAGCCUCGAUGGCGGUAGCGACAGCGAAGGACACGAAUGGACACUUGGACAAGUGAACAGCGAUGACGACAGCGAAGUGGACAGUGACGAAGCUCUCGGUGAGAGUGACGAAGAGCGGUUCGAGGGCUUCACUUUCCGCGCAUCCAACUCCAAAUCUCAACCAAAGAAGGCUGCUGCAGCCAAGCCGAAGAAACCUACCGAAAUCAGCCUGGACGAGGACGAUGACGAGUCGGAUGAAGAAUCUGACGGCGAAGACUACGACGAGGACGAUGACCUGGGAGAAGACGCCGUUGACCUCGCAACUGCCUGGGAUAUGAACGCAGCAGCAGACGAGGAGGAGGCCAAGGAAGCAGCUGCCAAAUCUCGGCGGGCUGCGAGAGACGAUAGCGACGAAGACUCUGGAUCGGAAGGGGACAGCGAAAGCGAUGCCAGUGACGACGGACUUUCUAUCUCAGACGACGAGGCCGAUGUGGAUCCACACGGACUAUCGAAGCUACAAGACUUCGUUCAGUCUAUGGAGACCGGGAAAUCUACAAAACGCACUCAAAAGUCACAGGAGCAAGGCAAGCCCUCAGAAUACGGAUUGACUUCGUCCCACAAAUUGACUGUCGCGGAUCUCCUGCCUUCAAUCACGGAUACUCGUCUGAAGAACUCGCUCAAACAUAUUGAUUCUGUCGUUCAGGCAUCAAAAUCUGGCAUUCCGGGCAAGCUAGAUGCUCCUCUAGCAAAGCGCCAACAAGACCGACUUGACCGAACUGCUGCCUACGAGAAGAGCAAAGAGACUUUGAACCGCUGGCUCGAGACGGUUAAGGCCAACCGCAGAGCUGAACAUCUUUCAUUCCCCCUACGUGAUCCCGAUGCCGAGCAGACUCAUCGCUUAGAAGCUGCCAAGCCGCAGACAGACCUAGAAAGCGCUAUCCAAAACAUUCUUGUAGAGAGUGGACUGGCUGAGGCCGAAGGCAAGUCAGCGGAGGACCAGAUCCAGAGUUUCGAAGAACUACAAGCCCGUAACAUUCCUAUUGAGGAGAUUCAAGCACGCCGAGCAGAACUACGCAAGCGCCGUGAUCUUCUUUUCCGAGAGGAAGUACGCGCCAAGCGCAUCAAGAAGAUUAAGAGCAAGUCUUAUCGCCGUGUUCACCGCAAGGAGCGUGAGAAGUUGGAGCAACAGGAGCGCGCGGCCCUUUUGGAAGCCGGCGUGGAUAUGGACGACAUGGAACAGGAGAAGAACGAGCGCAUGAGAGCCGAAGCUCGCAUGGGCUCCAAGCAUCGUGAGAGCAAAUGGGCCAAGGGUUUGAAACAGACCGGUCGCACUGCCUGGGAUGAAGAAGCUCGCAACAGUGCAGCCGAUUUGGCACAAAGGGAGGAGGAGCUACGGAAAAGAAUCGAGGGCAAGCAUGUUUCCAAUAGAGACGAUGACUACUUGGGCUCUUCUAGCUCUGAAUCGGAAGAUGAAGAUCCUUGGAACGAGGAGGCUUCCGAUGUGGAAAGACAGAAGAUUCAGAAGAAGCUCGCUGCCCUUGGGAAUGUUGGCGAUUCUUCGGGUGCCGUUAAGGGCCCCCAUGCCGACCUUUUCGAAAUGAAAUUCAUGAGAAAUGCCGAUGCUGCCCGCAAAGAACAGAACGAUGCGGAGCUUCGUCAACUCAAUCGUGAACUCCAUGGAGAGGAGUCUCAGUCUGAUGCAGAGUCGGAAGUUGGUCGACGCAAGUUCGGUCAAUCAAAGAAGACCGAUUCGAAAUCUCAAGCAAAGCCAUUGCCCAAGAAUGAAUUCGAGGAGAAGCUGGAUUCUGAUGACGAAGAUGCGCUACGCGCCGGAUCAGACAAUGAUAUGAAUAUCAUCGUCAACGGCCCCACUAAGUCUAAGUCAGGAGCUUCUAGUAACAAGAAGGUUUCACAGCCCUCGCGUGACUCUUCCGCUCAACGAAAGGACAGCCCUGCAGAGGAGGAGAACCCUUGGCUAGUUCAAACUGAACGUACCAACCGUCGCCGAACUGGUCCAGAUGCGCAAGAGAGCAUUGACAUCUCGCUCGAUGCUACUCCUCAAGUGGCUCCUGCGCAGCAACAAAGCAAGAAGCAGAAGAACGCCAAGGCCGCCCUUGCGAAACGGCAAUUCGAUGCUGAUAAUGACAGCGAUGAUGAGGAUAAUGUCCCCGUCCUGCUCAAGAACCAUGACCUCGUGAAGAGAGCCUUUGCCGGCGAUGAAGUUGUCCAGGACUUCGAACAAGACAAGAUGGACACUAUUGAAGAUGAAGGCGAUAAGGUUAUUGAUAACACACUCGCAGGCUGGGGAAGCUGGGCCGGCGAAGGUGUCAGCAAGAGACAACAAAAGAGGCAAAAGCGAGACAUUACUACUGUGGCGGGUGUGAAGCCCCAACAGCGCAAGGACGCCAAGCUUGACCGGGUCAUUAUCAACCAGAAGCGAAUCCAGAAGAACAAGAAGUAUAUGGCUAGUCAGCUGCCGCAUGAAUUCGAAACCAAACAGCAGUACGAACGAUCCCUCCGGCUGCCCCUGGGCCCCGAAUGGUCUACAAAGGAAACCUUCCAGAGUGGUACCAAGCCUCGUGUCAUGAUCAAGCAGGGCAUCAUCAAACCCAUGUCGAGGCCCAUGCAAUGA